CCACACCCUUGGGUGUCAGAGGAAUCUCCUCCCUCAGCAUUAAAGCAGACGGAGUGACAAGGGUGUGAUUGCACACUGCGGAUAGAUCAACAGGUGUCCGGACACCACCUGUAGUGAGAGCCGACUAAGUCUUUUUCAGCGAGUCCCCCCGUGGAGGUGAAAUAACAAAAUGAGCAAGUACACGUAUCAGACUCCUAAGGUCACUUCAAAGUCUCUGCUGAAAGACGGCAGCUGGAUCAAAAGAGACGAGGAAGAGGAUGAAGAUGUCGACCGAGACCCAAACUUUGGCAAAUCUAUUCUGGGCCGUAACAAAACCAGUGAGACUGUUGUGAGUGGAGGCAGUGAAGUAAAAACCACCAAAACCCUAAGCACGACAACAUCUGUGAAUGCUCUCACCCAGAGAUUCAGUGGAGGUCUGGAGGAGCCGAAGAGCAGCACUCUCCCUUCCAGCACGUCCACAUCCUCGUACACCAGAAGAACCAGUUCUUCUACAGCGGAACCAAAAUCAAGCACCACAACCACGACCACUUCCAAGGAUGGCAAAACCACUGAGACCACCACCACCACCACCACCUCCCAGAGUGUCAGUUCUCCUGUGAUGAAAUCUCCCACUAAGACUGAGACGUUCACCGAGCGAGUCAAAUCCUCAAGCCAAGGGACACUUUACUCAAACUUCACACCUAGCAGAACUUCAAAAGUGACUGAGACGACUGUUACCACCAAUAAGGGUGCGGAGGAGAAACUUUACGACACCCCCCUGCCCUCUGGCACCAAGAAUGAUUACUCACCUUCAGAGAGCAAAAGGAGCAUCUCCACAACUCAGACUUCGAUAGUGAGAAGCAGCAAUGACACUGAUGCUGAGGACCUACUCUACGGUACACUCCUCCCAAGCGCUAUCAAGGACGAUUUCUCAGACAGAAGUUCCAGGGUUACGAGGAGUGAGACUGUCACAGUGGAGAGCAGCAGAGGAAGCAACAGCCCAACUCUGACAUCACCCUCCUUCACAGGAAGAAUAAGCAGUUACAAAGGGUACUCUGACGAUAGCCCCACCACCCGCACCUCCUCCUACACCAUCAGCACCACGCCCAGUGACAAAUACAGCAGCGACCGUCAAUCCUACUCCAGGACCGACAGCAGUUAUGACCGCAGCAGCGUCAGCAGCCCCACUACCUACUCAUCGUCAUCGUACAGAAGCAGCAGCAGGUCAGAUGACAAUGUAGGAGAUUCAACCUACUCCAGGUCCUCCACCAAGAGUUUGUACGGAUCUUCUGACAGGCUGGUGCAUGAGAAAGAUUUGUGCACUUAUUGCCGUAAGCCGUUCACUGGAGACGCCAAGAUGGUCCUGGAUGACCUGAAGAUCAACUGCCACGCUACCUGCUUCAAAUGUGAGGUGUGUAACAGCAAUCUGGGUUAUAUGAAAGCCGGGGACAGCAUGUGGAUCUACAACCGCAAGGUGCACUGCGAGAACUGCUUUGAGGUCACCAGAGAUAAAUGGCGGCGUUGAGUUUCUCGCCGGCUUUCAGUGGACAUUCAGCCUCUGGAUCAAUGAUGAUGAAUCACUGUUUAUCAAAAUGGGUGUGAUACUGGUUCUCCUGUAAUUUAGGUUUUAACAAGCUGACAGAUCUAUAUGUGGGUGUUCUGGCAAAAGACAGUUUCAGUUAUACAAAUACAACUUUUUAUCUUAAAAAAUGCAUUGCAGCUAGUUGUUACUGUGUUUUUGACAUCGUGGUAUUUUAUGUGUCUGUAUCGAUUUUAACAUAGUUUGAAGAUGUGCAUUUCUGAUACUCUCUUAGUUCUGCUGCCUUUAUGGGGACUGUUAUGUGUAACCUGACAAGAGAUAUUGAAAAAAAAAAUAGGGCCGGGGGCUUUUUCUGUGUGCAAUAAAGAUCACGAAUGCAUCUUUAUCAAAAAAGUAGUACAAUGUGUAGGUUCUUGCGUGUUUGAAGAAUAGUUAUAAUUCUGCAGUUAAUAUAUAUAUAUAUAUAUAUAUUACAGUGAAAGUUCUGCAGAAAUAUAGGAGAUAAUUAUUUGACAUUAGUAAUAGAAUGUUAAGGUAUAGACUCAAUUUAAUGUCGGUAAGAAACACAGCAUCACGUCUUAUGAUAUUCCAUCAGCUAUUUACAGAAUAACAAUGGUGCUCUACAGUUUUCUAUAUAUUUUUAUCCCAUUGAAUAUAUUUUACUGAUUCUCUAAUAAACAAAGAUACAAUAUU